AUGGAGCCAGCUGUGAGCCCCACUCUGCUCAGUGUCCUUGAGUGCAGGAGGAUUUGCAUGAGUGCAGGACGGUGCACACGGAUUUUUGGGGGUGCAGGAGGCUGCGCGCGUGGGUCUUUGGAGUGCAGGGGCUGUUGCACGGCAGUGCACACGUGUUCGGGGUGCGGUGCGCGCCCGGGUGACGCCACGUGUCAGCAGCGGCCGGAGAACUACAACUCCCAGCAGCCCCUGCGAGGGGGGCCACUUCCGGGUUGCGCCGAGCGGGGCUCGGGCGGCCGAGAGCGGCUCGGUGCCAUGGAGCGCAGCUGCGGGAUGGACACGUCUGGGCCGGGCAGUGCUGCUGAGGAGGAGGAGGAAAAAGCUCCGGAGCAGCGGCCCCGCACUCGCUCCAACCCUGAAGGUGCUGAGGAUCGGGCAUUGAGCGCUCAGAGCAGUGUGGGCAACCGCAGUGAGGGCGAGGGGGAGGCGGCCAGCAGUGAGGACAGCCCCCAGGGCACCGCAGCCCCCGAUGGCACCGCCUGGCCCGGCCCUGCACACCCCCCUCCCGAGGUGCAGGUGAAGACGCCGAGGGUGAACUGCCCUGAGAAAGUGAUCAUCUGCCUGGAUCUGGCUGAGGAGAUGGCUCUACCCAAGCUGGAGUCGUUUAAUGGCUCCAAGACCAACGCACUGAACAUCUCACAGAAGAUGAUUGAGAUGUUUGUGAGGACGAAGCACAAGAUUGACAAGAGCCACGAGUUUGCACUGGUGGUGGUGAACAAUGAUGCCACGUGGCUUUCAGGGUUCACCUCGGACCCCCGUGAGGUCUGCAGCUGCCUCUACGACCUGGAGACCGUCGUCUGCAAGUCCUUCAAUCUGGAUGGGCUCUUCAACCUCAUCCAGCAGAAGAUCGAGCUGCCAGUGACAGACAACGUGCAGACCAUCCCGCCACCCUACGUGGUGCGCACCAUCCUGGUGCUCGGCCGCCCCGGCUGCCAGCCCCAGUUCUCUGUGUCGGAGCAGAUGAAGAAGAUGCUGCAGUGCCCCUAUUUCUUCUUUGACGUCGUCUACAUCCACAAUGGGGCGGAGGAGAAGGAGGAUGAGACCAGCUGGAAACUUGGACACCAAGGGCACCAACUACAGGUACGAGGUGACGCUGACGGGGCCAGCGGUGGAGCUGCACAACUGCAUGGCCAAGCUGCUGGCGCAUCCCCUGCAGAGACCCUUCCAGAGCCAUGCAGCAUACAGCCUGCUGGAGGGGGACGAGCCCCCCGAAGUGGAGGCCACCGUCUGAUCUGGGGAAGGGCCACCCCACGGCCACCACACCAUUGGGUUUGGGUGCACGGCCGUGGAAAUGGGGAAAAAAGAGAUGUUUUCUUGCCUGGCUGUGGUGGUGGUGUGGUGGUUUCUGUACUGGAGAUGUGAGGGAGGUGAGGACGCCCAGGAGGACUU